AAGUAUCGAUGGUAGCUAAAUAAGUAAUAAUAGAAGAGAAGGAUUAAAUGUGCCACUGCUUUUAGGUGAUGUAUCAGUUUGGUUGACAUGUGACCCAAAUUGAGGCUUGUGCUUUAAGCAAUGUAAGUGAAGUUAGCCACUUUAUUUGAGUAAUACCACUCUGGAAGUCUCACAGAGCCAUUUUCUUUGAGUAAUACUACUCUGGAAGUCUCACAGAGAUCAAGCUGUACUCAUAUUGCUAUAGCUAAAGGCAUGUGAAAAUAAUCAUCAUCAUCGUCAACAUGGAUUUGGCAAAUUGAACAUGGGAGAGAUGGGCAACAACAACACAUCUGGAUUGCGAGAAGAGGAUAACACAACCCCUGGAGCUCAGGGGAAAUCUUUGGAAGAACCUUUUCAUAAUGGUGAAGUAAAAGGAGAAAAUUAUGCGGUUCCGACAACUGGAAGUAAAGAUUAUAAUCGGAAAGAGACAGGGUUAGCCUCUGAUGAUCCAACGGAAGCAGGAGAACCUCCUGUUGAUAACCAGAUAUCCGAUGGAACAGAAGCUGAAAAGAAAUCAAAUGAAGAAGGUGGCAACGAUAGAGAUAUUCAACGUGCAGUCUCUUUGCCGAUGGAAUUGGAAGAUCACAAGAACCCAACAUUGUCGGAGAAUGUUUUGGAAAUAAGCAAUAAUCAGAUUGAGAAGCAGAGUUCCUUCAAGAAAGAGACAGAGAAUAUUCCAAAACCAAUUUCUGUUGCAAUAUCCUCAGCAGGUGAUAUGGAAUCUGAAGAUUCUGCGGAACCAAAUUCUGAUCAACAUGAAUAUACAAAAGUUGAUGCUCAUCAACAAGAAGAUAGAAAUGAUUCACUGAGAGGAAUUGCUGAUGUCCUAGGAUCAAGUACUGCAUACAAUAGCAAAGAGACUGGUCACCAGUUAGAUACACACAUAUCUGACAACCUGGAAGGAACUAUUGUUUCUGGUACUAAUGUAGAUGUGGAGAGAAAAAGGAAUGAGUUGCUAGUGAAAGAAAUGGCAUCUCAGGAAAAUGAGAAGCCCGGCAAAUAUGAAUUUGAAGAUGUUGGAAAUGAGGAUGGGAAUAUUUUUGGCAAAACUAUAAUGGUUUCGUCAGAUCUUCUAUGUGACGUUGGAGAGAAAUAUGAUGGCGAAUUAGCCAGUAAGAAGAAUUGUAAUGGUAUUCUUUCCUUGGAGUCAAAACUAGAAGCCAAUUUGGUGGCUGAUUCACUAAACUCCCAUUUAGAAGUCUCCCCACCUGAAGACAAAUGUAUGGUUUUCUCUCACGAGACUAAAUUAAUAGGAAAAGAAUUGACAAGUGAAGAAAACAAGGCAAAUGCAUCGCAAACUGAUUCUUUGACAGGGCUUAACUGCAAGAACAUUGAGAUAGGUGGUUCUCUUAUUACUGCUCAUUAUGCUGCUGGCAAUGGAAACUGCGAAACUGAAGAAGUGAAGGUUGUUGAGGAAUCUGACAACCAGAAUGAGGCUUCUGAAGAAAAUUGCAAGGGUUCUGAAGGAAAGAUAGCACAUGAGCUUGGCAUAUUUGCAGCCCAGUCAUCCAUUGCAAAUACCAAAAGCAAUGAAGAGGAAUCAGGAGAUUGCCUACCUGAGGCAUAUACUACUCAUGAUGCUGCUAACAAUGGGAACUGCCAAGUUGAGGAGGCAAAGGUUCUUGUUGAAUCUGACAACCAGAAUGAGUGUUCUGAAGAAAAUUGUAAUGGAUCUGAAGGAAAGCAAGUGAUGGUUCAUGAACUUGGAAUAACUGCAGCCAAGUUAUCCAUUGCAAAUGGCAAAAACAAUGAAGAGGAGUCAGAAGAUUUUAGGCGUGAGGCAUUAACUGCUAAUGAUGAUGCUAUCAAUGGGAACUGCCAAGUUGAGGAGGUGAAGGUUGUUGAGGAUUCUGACGAACAAAAGGAGGCUCCUGAAGAAAAUUUUGAGGAAUUUGAAGGAAAGAUUGGGAUGAUUCAUGAACUUGGAAUAAUUGCGGGCAAGUCAUCCCUUGCAAAUGGAAAAAUAAAUGAAGAGGAAUCAGGAGUUAACAAAACUGAUGAGGCAUAUGAAGAAAAGAUAAUGUUUCCUGAAUUGGCAACAGUUGCAGCAGAAUUGCCAGUCACAAAAAAUGAAGAGGAAGCAGUAGAUUGCAAAGCCGAGGAAGACGAACCUGCAGAGAAGCAAAUUGUGGAGACAAAGGAGAAAACAGAAGCUCCAUGUGCACCAGCAGAAGAGCAUAUGUCGUGUACUCCAGCAUCUCUAUUCCAAUCUGAGCAUCAACAACAGGAAACUGUUAAGAAAUCUGAGGAUGUCCAAGAUAGCACUGAGUCAACAUUGGAACCGAAACCUGAGAGCAGCAGUGAGUUCAUUUCUACAGCAUCUUCCAACUUCCAUUCCUUGGUCUCUGCCGUUGAGAAACCUGUGGAAGAAGUUUUGCCCCAUGCCACAGCAGGCCCUGAGAUGGUUACAGAAACUAUAUCUUCAGCUUCAGCAAAUCAUUCCAGUGAGCAACAUGAAAAAAAUGAAACAUAUGCCUUUGCAAGGGAUGGUAUUGAGGCACAAGAAAACGCAGAGAGGGUGAACACUGAACCAAUUCCUGAAAACUUGAUUCAAGCAGAGGUGGAAAAAUCUCCAAGUUCAACUGUAGAAAGCACAGCCUCUGUUGUGCAGUUAGGAAUGGAGAAACCACAACAAGAAUCUCCACAUUACAACACAACAGUUCUGGAGGGAGUCGCGCAGGCCUCACAAGCCGAAUCAUCAGCUUCAGCAAGUCAGUCAAGUGAACAAUGUGGAAAGGUGGAAACAUCAGUCCUCGCAAGGGGCGGUUAUGAGCCUCAGGAAAGUGCAGGAAUGUUCAGCACGCAAUCAAUUCCUGAUAACUUGAACAUUCAUGAUGCUGCUGGCAAUGGAAACUGCGAAACUGAAGAAGUGAAGGUUGUUGAGGAAUCUGACAACCAGAAUGAGGCUUCUGAAGAAAAUUGCAAGGGUUCUGAAGGAAAGAUAGCACAUGAGCUUGGCAUAUUUGCAGCCAUCUCAUCCAUUGCAAAUACCAAAAGCAAUGAAGAGGAAUCAGGAGAUUGCCUACCUGAUGCUGCUAACAAUGGGAACUGCCAAGUUGAGGAGGCAAAGGUUCUUGUUGAAUCUGACAACCAGAAUGAGUGUUCUGAAGAACAUUGUAAUGGAUCUGAAGGAAAGCAAGUGAUCGUUCAUGAACUUGGAAUAACUGCAGCCAAGUUAUCCAUUGCAAAUGGCAAAAACAAUGAAGAGGAGUCAGAAGAUUUUAGGCCUGAGGCAUUAACUGCUAAUGAUGAUGCUAUCAAUGGGAACUGCCAAGUUGAGGAGGUGAAGGUUGUUGAGGAUUCUGACGAACAGAAGGAGGCUCCUGAAGAAAAUUGUGAGGAAUUUGAAGGAAAGAUUGGGAUGAUUCAUGAACUUGGAAUAAUUGCGGGCAAGUCAUCCCUUGCAAAUAGAAAAAUAAAUGAAGAGGAAUCAGGAGUUAACAAAACUGAUGAGGCAUAUGAAGAAAAGAUAAUGUUUCCUGAAUUGGCAACAGUUGCAGCAGAGUUGCCAGUCACAAAAAAUGAAGAGGAAGCAGUAGAUUGCAAAGCCGAGGAAGACGACCCUGCAAAGAAGCAAAUUGUGGAGACAAAGGAGAAAACAGAAGCUCCAUGUGCACCAGCAGAAGAGCAUAUGUCGUGUACUCCAGCAUCUCUAUUCCAAUCUGAGCAUCAACAACAGGAAACUGUUAAGAAACCUGAGGAUGUCCAAGAUAGCACUGAGUCAACAUUGGAACCGAAACCUGAGAGCAGCAGUGAGUUCAUUGCUACAGCAUCUUCCAACUUCCAUUCCUUGGUCUCUGCAGUUGAGAAACCUGUGGAAGAAGUUUUGCCCCAUGUCACAGCAGGCCCUGAGAUGGUUACAGAAACUAUAUCUUCAGCUUCAGCAAAUCAUUCCAGUGAGCAACAUGAAAAAAAUGAUACAUAUGCCUUUGCAAGGGAUGGUAUUGAGGCACAAGAAAACGCAGAGAGGGUGAACACUGAACCAAUUCCUGAAAACUUGAUUCAAGCAGAGGUGGAAAAAUCUCCAAGUUCAACUGUAGAAAGCACAGCCUCUGUUGUGCAGUUAGGAAUGGAGAAACCACAACAAGUAUCUCCACAUUACAACACAACAGUUCUGGAGGGAGUGGCACAGGCCGCACAAGCCGAAUCAUCAGCUUCAGCAAGUCAGUCAAGUGAACAAUGUGCAAAGGUGGAAACAUCACUCCUCGCAAUGGGCGGUUAUGAGCCUCAGGAAACUGCAGGAAUGUUCAGCACUCAAUCAAUUCCUGAUAACUUGAACAUUCAUGCAGAGAUGCGGAAAUCUCCAAGCUUCAAUCUUGAUCUCCGAAGAGAAGCAAGGAGUGAAGAAUCUGAUCAGACUCCACUGCUUUAUCAGGAUAAGAAUGCGGUUGAAGACUUAUCAAGGCAGGCAGAUGUAAGCCUUCGGAACUCACUUCCACAAGCUCAAUAUGGUCAAGAAUCAUUCAAGUAUGACGCAAUGCCAAUGGAAGAGAAAGUGAUUACUCUGGAAAGAAGUGAUUCUGAGAAGUCAAGAAAACCAUUCCUAGGCUUCCUGAAAGAAGAUGAGGAGGCUCAUGUUGUAGUUAUACCAAAGAAAAAAGAGGACCACGGUGCUGCAAAAAAGACAACCAAGGAUUCUUGGAACUCGUCUUCUGCUAAAGAAAUCUCGUCAACGCCUCCAAAAAAUAAAGAGAAGCACAAGCGCAGGUCAUCCCUCUUCACAAACUGCAUGUGUUGCACAACUGUGAUUAAUUAAACAGCUUAAGAUCUAAGUUACCAGUUUUACAGUUUGGCAUUUUGAAUUUGUUUCGGUUGGCUUCCCUUUCCAAUUCCAAGUAGACUGUUGAUUGGUUUAGCAUAUUUGAGAGAAACCAAGAAAGAGCGAGUAUAACUUCUGUAACUGUCAUUAAUUGCUUUAUGUUAUUUCCUGUCUAUACUUGUUCUAAACUUCUACAGCCCUGCAUUGUAUUUUGAUGCAAUUUCUUAUUAGUUGAAUCUCUUGAUGUAUAAUUUAUUUUGUUGUUUGCUGGAGACAUAUUGGAAGUUCUGCAGAAUAUAUUGUAAAAAAUGGGCAGCUUUUGCUGCCUUUGAUUGUAUCAUUUGUUUAUUCCAUUGAAAAUACAAUGUCACUUGAGAAUUGAGAUUUAUUUUAAAAA